ACAAACAUACGUCACAUGGUGCGAGGGGCAGACAGCCAUCACACACCGCUAGUCAUAGAGAUCUCAGGAUCAGAACUACUUUUUAUUUUAAUAUUUUCAACCACAAAUCAUGUAAAUCUCACAGUGAACGUUUCUAAGAGGCGUUUGGUCUUCAUAGAGCCUGUAUCGUCAUGGCUUGUCCCUUAACAGGCGAACCCCGGCCUUCGGGGCCUGGUGAAGAGUAUCCAGAGUCUGGAUCAGAGGCCCGGGCGCCCGCCCGACCCCAUCCGCCUCAGCGGCACCUUCAACCGGCGUGCGCCAGCGCUGCUGCCGCGGUGAUGGUGGAGGCGCUGGAUGAUGCAGAGGGGCUCUUUGUUGCCGUGGAGAGAUGUCCGCUCUGCAACACCGCCAGACGCAGACUGACCUGCGCCCGUUGCAUUCAGAACGGGGAUUUCGUGUAUUUUGACGGGAGAAAUCCGGAGAGGUAUUCAGAAAAGCUUGAAAGACUCCAGAAGCUCAAAAAUGAAAAGGAGAAUCUUCAGCAGAGAGUCAUCGAAGCCAUGGACAAAAAAGUAGAGGCAGACCAACUUAGGUGGAAAAUCAUGUCAUGCAAGAUGAAAAUCCAACAACUCAAAGAGGCCAUCUGCACUAGCAAUGAAGAAGUCAAGAGUGGCAGGGAGCUGUUGUUGCGUUCCCAGGAGGAAGGGCAGCGACUGCAGCGCAGAGCCAGCCGACAUCAGGAAAAGAGGGACAAAAUUAAGCGGCACAACCAACGUCUGGGCGAUCUCCUGGAUAAGAGAUCCAAAGAGCUGCAGGGUAGGCUGGAGGCCCUGGCUGAGGUGCGGAGAGAGCACAUCCUGGAGCUCACCACUCACAUCUUCAACAUCCAGGAGGAGAAGCAGGGCAGCAGGGACCCAGCAGAUCCAGUCGUGGCCGAGUAUGACCUUGCUCUGACCUCCAGCACUGUCAGUGAACUCGCAGAGGCGAGGCGAACCACCUAUCACUCAGGCCGCUGGAUCUGGGACGAUCAGAACGGAGAGACGAGCAUCAGUAUCACUGGGCCACACGUCACACUUCCCAGUAAUGGAGACUGCUCCGCCUAUUACAGCUGGGUGGAGGAGAAGAGUGGAAACCAGGGGCCAGAGCUGGACCACAUCAACCCGGCACACACCAUCAGUGCCGCCCUCUGUUAUGCUACACAGCUCGUCAAUAUCCUGUCUCAUAUUCUGGACGUCAACCUUCCGAAAAAGUUGUGCAACAGUGAGUUCUGCGGCGAUAAUCUGACUCGCUACCGAUUCACCCGUGCCGUAAACAAACUCAACACUAACAUCCUGCACCUCUGCUUCUCACAGCACGUUGACAGUGAGCUGCUUCAUCCUCACCACACUUUGAGGAAUAUCAUGUUUCUAGUGUCUCCAGCAAACAAGAACCUCGGCAGAACUGGGCCGUUUGAGGUGAGUGCUGACUUGGAAGACUCUAUGGAGUUUGUGGAGCCAGAGGAGGCUGGACCUGUGGAGGAGAGCGGAGACGAGGCAGUGACAGAUGAAGAAACAGACUUGGGCACAGACUGGGAGACGGUUCCAAGCCCUCGCUUCUGUGACAUCCCCUCUCAGCCUAUGGAUCUUUCGCAGAGCGGCAUGCAGGCAUCCCAGCCAGUUGGCAAUGCAGGGGGCAUGAUCUCCUCCGCGGCCGCCUCCGUCACAUCCUGGUUCCGCGCCUACACCGGGCAGCGCUGAGAUCUGGUGGAUAUGGGGGUGGUUAGACCGGGCUGUAACUAUGCAAACACCCCAUUACUGUCACCCUCACUUAUGCCAACUGGCCUGUUGAGGGAAAUAAAGGGAAUUUUUCAUCUGACUGCUCAUAAUAAAUGUGUGGUAGAAACCAGAGUGAAGCAUGUGUUCCUCAGAACUUUUUUUGUGUGGUUUUAUUGCAGGAUGGAACUACUUUUACAUUUUUGAUCUUUUGUAGCUCACAUACUGUAUACACCAGUCAACUUUAUCCAGUGUAAAUUGCCAAAUAUUUUUGUGAAUCGGUGCAAAAAAAUCAUACAUUCAAAGCAUCGUUGGACAGACUUGACUGUGCUUUUAGAGUUUAAAUGAUGGAUUGCACCUUCUCACCAGCUCUUCAAAGAACCUUACUGUAUAAAUGUUGCUUGUCUGAGAGAGUGGCAAAUAUUGGUGUCUUGUUUUAUUAGAUCAUUUACAAAAGGAAUUGUAUUUUAUGAAUUGUUUUUUUUUUUCUCUUUAAAUUUCCUCAAACACUGCAAGCUGCAUUGGGCAUAAAUAUCUUGCAUAGUUGCAGUGGAGGAGAGGCUGGCUGUCUAUUUUGCUCUUAGGAUUUAUGUACAGGUUUAUUUUUUCACCAUCUUGAGUAAAAAAAAAAAGCAUAUUUACUCAGUUUCAUUUUAGAAAUGUUUUAUUUGUAUUAGCAGAUGCCCUCAAUUAUUAAACUGAAUACCUCUCUGAAAUGCAA